CUGCGGGCUCUCAGUGGGGUGCCCCACUGCGGGGCCCGGCUGGGAGGACCCACGGAGGUUGUGGGGUAUUGGGGGGGGGCCACAGGGCAGCUGUGGGGACCCCCAUGCCGGUUCCUCCCCACUCGUGGCAGAAAGCUAAAUCGGGAGCCGGGCCUGCGGCUUGGCCGUCCUCACGUGGCGCUGGGCUAAAAAUAGCCCCGGUGGCCGCUCUCGGGGCUGGGGGGUCCUGGGGACCCCAACUGGGGGACGGGGACAGGCUCCAGCCGCUGCCGUGGCCCUGUCACUGCUGUGCGACCCCCCCCCCCCCAUCCCGCUAAGGUCCCUGCUUGAGGUCUCCACGUUUGGGGUUGGGACCGGUUCAUCCCCCCCCACACCCCCCGGUGCGGCUGGCAGAGGCGGCGUGGAGCCCCGGUGCUCCGCGGAAGGGGGUGACAGCCGCGGGGGCGUGACGUGGGUGUUCGUGGCCUCGUCGCCCGUUUCCUUCCCCUUUCCAGCCCGCCCCACGCAGCACUCUGGUGGCUUCCGCGGACCCCUCCUGCGGCACCCGGAUGCCGUGAACCAUGUCGGACGAGAAGCCCCCGCAGCUGGUGGACUACUUCGUGGUGGCUGGACUGACGGACACCUCGCGGCCGCUGGAGGAGGAGAACCAGCAGCAUCGCCUGGCGCGUCCCAGCGAGCCCAUCACCGACGUGGCCGUUAUCAUCCGCUCGCAGGGCGAGGAGGUGCCCCACGGCUUCACCUGCAUCGAGACCACCACCUCAGGCCACCCCGUCGACCUCAACGCCGGGCUGCUCAACAACCCCCAGAUGUUCAUAUGCUACAAGCGGGGUCGGGACAAGCCCCCCCUCAUCGAGCUGGGGGUGCACUACGAGGGCAAAGACCGCCCGAAGCCGGGCUAUAAGAUCCUGGACACGACGCCCUACAGCCGCUCGGCCAACCUCAAUUCGGGGGGGCCGGGACACCAACGCACCUUCCUGACGUAUCGGCGAGCGGCUGAGCCCCACGGCCACAACACGCUGGGGGUCACCGAUAUCUGCCUCGUUAUGCCCAGCAAGGGCGAGAGCACCCCCCACACCUUCUGCCGGGUGGACAAGAACCUCAACACCAGCAUGUGGGGCCCCGCCGUGUUCCUGUGCUACAAAAUUGCCAUGGCCAAGGCCAACACGCUGGUCUACGAAGCAGGGCUGCUGGGACGUUACCCGGAGCAGGACAGCGAGUCCUUUCCCCUGCCCGAAUCGGUGCCCGUCUUCUGCCUGCCCAUGGGGGCCACCAUCGAGAGCUGGCCGGCCGACACCAAGUACCCGCUGCCCGUCUUCUCCACCUUCGUGCUGACCGGCGCCUCGGGCGACAAGGUGUACGGGGCGGCCAUCCAGUUCCACGAGGCGUUUCCCCGGGAGCGCCUGUCGGAGAAGCAGAGCCUGCGCCUGGGGCUGCUGAGCGUGGUGGACCGACGGCCCGUGGCCGGCCGCUCGCUGCAGACCCGCAAGAGCAUCUGCGUCCUCUCCCACUGGCCUUUCUUCGACGUCUUCCGCAAGUUCCUCAUGUUUAUCUACCGCUACUCCAUCUCGGGGCCCCACGUGCUGCCCCUCGAGACGCACAUCUCGCACUUCAUGCACAACGUCCCCUUCCCGUCCCCGCAGCGGCCGCGCAUCCUGGUCCAGAUGUCCCCGUAUGACAACCUGCUGCUGUGCCGGCCCGUGUCCUCCCCGCUGCCGCUCAGCGGCGCCAGCUUCCUGACGCUGCUGCAGAACCUGGGCCCCGACAACGCGGUGGCGCUGCUGGUGGCCGUGCUGACCGAGCAGAAGCUGCUCAUCCACUCCCUGCGCCCCGACGUCCUGACCAGCGUGGGCGAAGCCCUGGUGGCGAUGAUCUUCCCCCUGCGCUGGCAGUGCCCCUACAUCCCGCUGUGCCCGCUGGCGCUGGCUGACGUGCUGUGUGCCCCCGUGCCCUUCAUUGUAGGCAUCCACUCCAGCUACUUCGACCUCUACGAGCCCCCCAGGGACGUCAUCUUCGUCGACCUCGACACCAACACCAUCUUCCAGAGCGAGGAACGCAAGCUGCUGUCCCCCCGUUCCCUGCCCCGCCGGCCCUGCAAGGUGCUGCUGGCCUCGCUGCACAACCUCUCCCAGCAGCUGGAUGAGAUGUACAGCGGGCCGGGGGAGGAGGCGUCGCUGGAGCUGCUGCUGAGCGACGCGGAGGCGGCGCGGGGUCGGCGGGCGCAGCUGGAGCUGGAGGCGCGGGCGGCUUUCCUGCGUUUCAUGGCGUGCGUCCUGCGCGGUUACCGCUCCUUCCUGCGCCCCAUCGCCCCGGCGCCCGCCCCGGCCGGCCGCGACGCCGGCAGCCUCUUCGCCUUGCAGGGGUUCCUCAAGUCCCGGGAGCGGGCGUACCACCGGUUUUACGGGCAGCUGCUGCGCACCCAGCUCUUCACCCAGUUCAUCGAGGACUGCUCCUUCGCCAGCGACCGAGACCCCUGCCUCGAGUUUUUCGACACCUGCGUGGAUAAGGUGCAGGCGGAGCUGGAGAAGCCGGAGGACGCCCCGCUGAUGGAGCUGGACGACCCGCGGGGGGGCGAGCACACCGUCUUCAUCACCCCCCCCGAGCAGCCGGCGGGUCCCGAUGGUGCCGAGCUGCCCGCGCGAUACCGCUAUGACGGGUUCCCCACCCUGCGCCCCGAGCUCCUGGAGCCCCCCCGGGACCCGCUGGUGGCCCAGCUGUGCCAGGCCAGGAGCAGUGCCCCCAGUAGCCCGGCCCCACGCAGGACCAAGCAGGAGAUGAAGGUGGCCCAGCGCGUGGCCCAGAAGUACUCCUCGGUGCCCGACAUGUGGGCCAAGUGCCUGCUGGGGCACUGCUAUGGGCUCUGGUUCCUCUACCUGCCCACCCACGUCCGCGCCGCCCCUGCCAAGCUGCGGGCGCUCCAGCUCGCCUACGAGGUCCUGCGCAAGAUGGAGGCUCACAAAGUGGUGCUGCCAGACGAGGUCUGCUACCGCAUCCUGAUGCAGCUCUGCGGGCAGUACGGGGAGCCGGUGCUGUCGGUGCGGGUGCUGCUGGAGAUGAAGCGCGCCGGCAUCGUGCCCAACACCAUCACCUACGGCUACUACAACAAGGCGGUGCUGGAGAGCAAGUGGCCGGCGGGCACCCAGGGCGGGCGCCUGCGUUGGGCCAAGCUCCGCAACGUGGUGCUGGGGGCCGCCCAGUUUCGGCAGCCCCUGCGACAGCGGGAACGCCGGGCCGCCGCCGCCGCACCCCCAGGCGGCCGAGCCCCCCCGGCGCCCCGUCCCAGCCUGCAGCGGCAAACCACCUGGGCCGGGCGCAGCCUGCGGGACACCCCCCCGGCCCCCAGGCUGGUGAAGAGCGGCAGCCUCAGCUUCCCCGGCAGCACCCAUGGUGAGGGGGGCCGGGGGGGGCCAAGGGAGCCCCUGACUACCCGCUCCCCCGCUCUUCCCGCAGCCCCGGCCCCGCUGCCCCCCCGGCUGCGGGGUCCCCCCGGCUCUGCCGACGGGAGCCUGUCGGACGUCAGCUUCGCCACGGACGAGAGCGACCGGGCGGACGAGGGGCCGGCGGGGAACACGCCGCGCCGGGGGUUGGCCGCCAAGCUGCAGCAGCUGCUGUCCCCUGGCAAGCGACCCCCGCUCCGGCCGGCAGCCAGCACCGAGCUUCCCGCCGGCCCCCGGGACGCCGCCACCUGCCCGCGCCGGGGCUCCGAGCAGCGGGAUGGGGAGCCCCCGCCGCGCCGCAGCCCCGCCGAGACCCUGCUGCGCCCACGGGAGCGCCCCGAAUCCACCGCUUCCGAGAGCUCCGUCUCGCUGGGCAGCGAGUUGGACCUGUCCGACACGUCGGUGGGCAGCGCCGGCGUUCCCAAAUCCUCCGAGCCGCCGGCCGACGGGGCGGCCGGGCAGGAGCCUCCCGCCGUGGAGGUCCUGCUGUCCAGCUGCUCGCGGUGCCAGGGCUGCGGCGCGCUGGUGUACGACGAGGAGGUGAUGGCCGGCUGGACCUCCGACGACUCCAACCUCAACACCACCUGCCCCUUCUGCGGCCGCUCCUUCGUCCCCUUCCUCAGCAUCGAGAUCCAGGACUUCCAGCUGCCCCCCAGCUCCGCCGAGGACGACUCCCUCCCUCCUCCCGCCGCGCAGGGACCGGUGCUCAGCGACCGCCGACGCUGCCUGGCGCUGGAUGAGGCCGAACCGGAGCUCUGCAACGGCUACCCGGACGCGGCGGUGCCGCGACGGUCGGAACGGGUGGCUUUCGCCUACCUGAGCCCGUUGGUGCUGCGGAAGGAGCUGGAAAGUUUGGUGGAGAACGAAGGGGGCGAGUUCCUGGCGCAGCCGGAGCUGGUGGACAGUCACCCCAUCAUCUACUGGAACCUGGUCUGGUACUUCCAGCGCCUGGGGCUGCCCAGCAACCUCCCCCGCCUGCUCCUGGGCUCCCAGCACGUCGCCCCCACCCCGCAGGCGCAACCCCCCGACUCCCCCUGUGUGCGCAUUCGGCUGCUCUGGGACGUCCUGGCCCCCGAACCCGACAGCUGCCCCCCGCUUCACGUCCUCUGGCGGCUUCACAGUAACGUCCCCACCCGGCUGCGGUCCUGGCGGCCCCACGGCCACCACCCCUUCUCGCUGGCCUUCAUGGAAGCCGUGCUGAACCACGUGGGGCUCAACGACGUGCACAAAGCCAUCACCCUCUUCCUCGAGACGCUGGCGGCCCCGGGGGCCCCCCGACACCUGCAGAGGAGCAUCUACCGGGAAAUCCUCUUCCUCAUGCUGGCGGCGCUGGGCAGGGACCACACGGACAUCGCCGCCUUUGACAAGAAGUACAAGUCGGCGUACAACAAGCUGGCGGGGAGCCUGGGCAAGGAGGAGCUGCGGCGGCGGCGGGUGCAGCCCCCCAGCUCCAAAGCCAUCGACUGCCGCAAGAGCUUCGGGGCCACCCUCGAGUGCUAGAGGCGACCCCCGCAGCCCCCUCCCCCCGCCAUGGGGACAGAGGGGGGGUCCCCAGCCCCGGGGAACCCCUCUUCCCCCCCCCCCCCCAGCUCACAAAGGGUUUUAUAUGUCAGUAUUAAUAUAUUUUUAUUUAUUUAUUGCCCCCACCCAAUGCCCCCUCCUUACGCUGCUGGGUGCCAGGACAGUUGGGGGGGGAGGGGUGUCUGCGCAUCCCCCCCCCCCCAAUCUCUGCCCCUCCCCCUCC